AUGCGCCCCUCGGGAGAAAGCUCACAGCCGAUGUCCACCUCCUCAUCCGCAUCAAACCACGCCGAUAGCUACAUGCCCGGCACCUCGAUCAACUUUUUUAACAACGUCACGCCCGUGCCUGACUGGUCCGAGGAAGAUGUCAAGGGGUGGCUCCAAGCGGUGGGAUACGACGAACUGGCACACAUCUGCGAAGAGCAGGGAAUCGAUGGGACCGUGUUGAUCCACCUGGAUUCUGAGUGCCUGAGAGACUUGGGCUUCAUCAAAGUGGGCCAGAGAUUGCGCCUGAUGCGCUUGAUCAAUGAACUUACCGGUCUCGCCGAUAAUUUCGACUUGGCCGAUAGUAAUCCUAAGAUGAUGGGUGACCAAAUAAACCUAGAAUGUGACCUGUGGACUUGUGUCCAAACCCAAAGUGACCGAAUCAGACUCUUGGAAGAUCAGGUAUGGAAUCUGAAAGAAACCACCAAGUUCCUCAGGGAACGGACCGAUAGUUUGAGUAGUUUCAAUACGAAUUGGGCGAUGCAUUCAUGCCCCAACUCGUUGGCUCUGCAAUCGUCGAAACCGUCGGCUGACAGUGGAAACUCUACUCCACCCACCACGGCGUCGUCGAUCCGGACGGCUAUCACUUGUCUGACCUCUAGCCAUCACAAGGCGCAGGAUACUACUUCGAAUGAGUCGGAUUCCGCGGUCGAGCAUUACACCCCCACCAAAUUACAUGAUUCAGUAGAGCACCCUACUGGCGGCCUGGAUCGUUUCACUCUUGCGUCCCCCAUCAAAUCCACCAAGAAACAGGCGCUGGCAAAGGGCCCUUCCUCGCCGCAAUGCGCAAUUGAUGACUCGUAUACCGACACAAGCUCAUCCUCGUCCAACAGCAGAACUCCUCAACCAGGGGUCUCCCCCCACAACCUUGCCUUUUCGCCCAACACCCACUCGCCCAAGAAGCCUUUUGCAUUCAACGCUUCUCGAAAUUCGCAUCAAUCCAUCCACAGCUUGGCCGACCUGCGCCGGAAAUUCUCCGGCCCAAAGCCCGAUGAAUCCCUCUCGCAAUCCAGUUCACCAGCAACACCUCAUACCACGGCUCGCAAGCCCUCAUUGGUGACUCGGCGAGUGGGGCCGCCAGCACAAGGGAUUGGUGCACGGUCGAUGCGCAGCGGAGGUGCUCUCAACGAAAACCGGGCUGGUGGUGUCUGGAAACGGUCUUCGAGCACGACCAUCCUGACUGGCUUUCUGGAAGAGCAGAGCCAUGCCAAGCCUCCUUCGACUGCACGGCCUGACCUCAAUCCGUUGAGCCCGUCGUCCAUCAACCGAUCGGCCUCUACGUCGAAUCUCAAGACGCUCAACAGCUCCGACCCCAGAUCCGCCUCCCGACUCAAGCGGCUCAACACGGAGACCAGUAUGCGGGUCAAAUCAAACACCGAGCAGACAGUGAUCGAAGUGCUUUCCAAUCACCUUUCGGCCUUCUGUGCUGAUGAACAUCAUGCAUGGGCAAAGCAUGUCUUGCUACUCAGGAUCAACGACGUCAAGGAAUACUGUCUGAGCUACGACGACAUCCCUCUGAAAGUCUAUCGCUCGUUCCGAUCCCGCGAGGGCGUCGACUUCGCGAUCCGCUCCAUUGAAGAGAUCCCUUCCCCGUUGAGACUGGUCGCAAACAGCCGCAAGAAGAACCUGAGCUUCAACCUCGAGGAGGAGCUCACUCCCGAUGAUUCCAAGUCCGGGCCUGAUGGGGAAAACAAGAAGCCGGAAACCGAAUCCAAACCCCUGGCUUAUGGUCUAGCAAUUUGUGGCUACCAAGCCGAGGCUCCAGGAGAGUUGACCAUCAAAGCUGGGGAGUCAUUUAAACUGAGAUCUCAUUCAAAAGGCAGAUACUAUUUAGAGAGGGAAAGCAAUGUUCUCGGCUCACCUCUGUCGGGCACACACGUGACUCCUUCGCCCUCCCCGACCCGCUUCGUCAAUGAGUCAUCCAGUGACAACGUCGGCUGGGUGUCCGAGAGCUGCAUUCUGGAAAGUACGCAAUCGAUGCGCACAGUGAGCGCCAACGGAACCUCGCUCAAGCACCUGAUCUCAAGCCCGUUGGAUGGAGCGAGUGAAUGUUUCGAUCUAGAGAAUCUGACGACGGUCAAAGUCUUGCUGGUCGCGUUCCAAUCGCAGCCCACCACCUGGUCUGGGGAGCUCACGAACGUGAUGCAGGGCGAGAAGAUCCGGGUGUUUAACCACAAGACGCGCUUCCACUGGGUGUAUUGUCUCCGCGAAUCGAGUGGCGAAAGGGGCUGGCUUCCGAAGUGGAUCCUGUCGGCGAACCUGCAGGUGAUCCCUGACCCACACUCGCCGGGCUCGCACAGCAAGCUGCAGAAAUACUUGCUCCAACAAUCGAGUGUUCGCGGGGGCAGCAGCAAGCCGACGGACUCGUCGUCGGAGCAGAAUGCGAAUCGGAAGGCCGUCUUGUUGGGCCGCUCGGCCUCGACCGUAUCCCCGCCGAAACAUGUCCCCACCAAGCCCGGAGGAGACAGCCCCACCUCGGUCCGCGGCCUCCGCACCCAGCGCAGCCAACCCUUCAAUCCAAACACCCUCGCCAUCUCCAUCGACCCCUCCAUGAAAACAAGCCUCUCAAGAAACAAGCAGGACGGCACCUUCGCCACCCCGGAAGAGGCCGCCGACUCUGGCCCCUCCUUGACGCGCUCCAUUACCGAUGGCUCUCGCGCUAUCAACUUCACCCCGCGUAGCCGCAGGUCUCGAGUCAGCUCUACCUGGGACUCCUGA